AUGCCACCACUUCCAGGUUUCUCCGACAACCCUCUCCGCACUAGAUCGGACCUGAUCCGGGCUACAAUCGCCCUUCUCCGGCCGCUUUUACCCCACUUCUCUCCGACAAAAGCCCGGAUCCGCGUCCCGGUCUCCACAGCCACCCACUUUGACGAAACAGCAGCUCAACUCGAGGGAUUUGCGAGGCCACUAUGGGCUGUGGGGGCACUUCUUCUCGGCGUUGAAUCCACGUCGGAUCCUGACUUAGUAAAGUCUAUCGAUGAGGUGGUUCAGCCAUGGAUCGAAGGCUUUGUUGCCGGAACAGAUCCUGAACAUCCGGAGUACUGGGGGAAGAUCAACAACAUGGACCAGAGAAUGGUGGAAGCCGAAAUCGUGGCAUUUGCGUUACUCUCUGCGCCGGAGAAGAUCUUCGACCCCUUGACUGAAAAUGCGAAGCAGAACGUGACGAACUGGUUGCGCACGCUGAGCGGGAUGGACAUGCCGAAGAACAACUGGCGCUGGUUCCGUGUCUUUGGCAACCUAGCUCUGUCCAAAGUCUGUGGUGUACCCUUCGAAGAUGUUCGGGAUGAGAUGAAUUCGGAUCUAGAUCUUUUGGACUCGUUCUACCGCCUGGACGGUUGGUCGGCAGAUGGCCCAUGGCAGACUCCCGAGCAAGCACAGUCCGAAUUCGAGCAAUACGAAAAGACUGGCAGACGCGAUGCUAUCGGAGUCGGAAGACAAGCGGACUACUACUCAGGCAGCUUUGCGAUCCAGUUUAGUCAACUUCUUUAUUCUCGCUUCGCCGCCGACCUCGAUCCUGAGAGGGCCCAGGUCUAUCGCCAACGAGCAAGAGACUUUGGAGCGACAUUCUGGAAAUAUUUUGACUCAGAAGGUUCUGCCAUCCCGUUCGGUCGAUCCUUGACGUACAGAUUCGCCUGUGGUGGCUACUUCGCCGCCGUCGCUCUCGCUCAGGUCGAAGAUCUCCCUAGCCCUCUCAGCACUCCUGGGACUGUGAAGGGAUUUUUGUUGAGACACUUGAGAUGGUGGGCUAAGAAUUCAGCUGACAUAUUCAACACCGAUGGUACCCUCAACAUUGGAUGGCUAUAUCCAAACAUGUACAUGUGUGAGGACUACAACUCCCCUCAAUCCCCGUACUGGUGUCUUAAGACACUCGUCGCCAUUGGCCUUGCCGAAGACCACCCUUUCUGGGCAGAUGAGGAGACGCCGUAUCCUGAACCCUCAUCGUUGGAAUCGGUUACCGCUGUACCAGCACCGCAGCAAAUAGUCUGCAAUCACCCUAAAGGCAACCAUCAUUUUAUGCUAUCGCCGGGUCAAUUUGUUGGAUGGCCGAUGAAAGCCAACCAGGCGAAGUACUGCAAGUUCGCAUACUCUUCUGCCUUCGCCUUUUCAGUGCCCACGGGUCCUCUCAUUCAGCAGAUAGCGCCCGACAAUGCUCUAGCUCUUAGUAGAGAUGGCGGGGAGACUUUGGCGGUCAAGUGGAAGUCUGAGGAGGUUCGAUUUGCAACUGCGUCUGUUGAAGGAGCAUCUGGACGUGAAGAGGUGCAGGUGGCAAGUGUGAAGUGGUAUCCAUGGGGAGACCGGGCUGUCAGCGUCGACACAACCUUGAUUCCGCCCACGAAUCGCUGGCCUGACUGGCAUAGGGCGGCUUCGCCAUCUUUGGCCGAAAGAAAGCAGACGGCCUGCCUCUUCCCGUCCUUCGAGACGUUCCAGAGAAGGCCAGGCCAGGUGAUUCCGAGGGAGUCGUGCACAACGAAAACGCCGUUUUGGUUCUUUCCUCAGUUGGCGCAAGUGGGAUAG